AUGAGAGCUGAAGAGCCUAGUGAAAUUCGGAGAGCACCCGUCUACAAAGUGAACAACGGUGCCCCUCGCGCAAAAGGCUUCAGAAGAAUUUCUACCGGUGUCCGACGUGCACCAAAUACUCCCAAACCGCCCAAAAAAGCCAUAGCCCAAGCACCCAAAAUGCCUCAUCCCCUGUCGGCACCAGCAAUCCCAAUUCCUCACAUGGUCCCAAUGAGUUUUCCCACUGUUACUUUCCCACCUAUGAUGUCAUUCCCAACUUUGCCUACAUUUGCCACCAUCGCCAUGCCUACCCUGCCUACCAUGACUAUGCCUCCACCAUUUCAACGACUCAUGGGAAUCACCACUACCCCUUCACCUUCACCCAAGAAGAGCAAAAGCCAUAGAAGGGAGGAGGAGUUGACCAGUAGAGAUGAAGAAAUUCAAGAAAAACCACGAGUGCGACAAUAUGAAAGUGAAGAAAGAGUACCUAACGACACUUUAUCACCGGUCUCUUCACGCCUUCCCAAAUUCGUCAACUCUCGAAAGGAGCCAGUGGUCGCCCCUGAAAAAAAUGCUGAAUGGAUAGUUCCUUUCAGACUGUGA